GACAAUCAAUUCAAUCAAUUAACACAAUUACUGUGAUGCACUGGGGUCAACUUGUCGCUCACGAUAUUACUCACGUUCCUACUUUCCGUACAUUGACCAAUUCGGCGAUUCAAUGUUGCACGGGUGACGGCAAGUACUUGUCACCUGAGCGAACUCUGUUUCCCCACCGAACCCACUUUGUUUCCCCAUCGAUGUGGACCACGACAAUGAAUUCUAGAGUCAAUUUGGCGUUAGCUGUCACGAUUUCGUCCGCUCUGUCAUCGCUCCUCGAGAAGAUUGCAAAUUCGGUUAUGCCGACCAGCUCAACCGAAUUCCGGCCUAUCUGGACGCUUCCGUCAUUUAUGGCUCGACUGCUGCUGAAAAAGUUGUCGUGUUACCCCAAUAGACAAUCGGCGGGGACUAUGUUUGUUUUACCAGUCGAUCCCGAUCGAAAGGAUUGUAUUUCCGACGAAUACGGAAGCCAAUGCUUCGUCGCAGGUGAUCAACGAGUCAAUCAGUACACUGGUCUAACUGUGUCUUGCACAUCGUCGUUUGGCUUCGUUUGCACGACAAGACCCAAUUUAAUGGAAGAAUACGGCCUACUCCCUCUCACAACUGGUUACACUUACAGAUCCCGCUUUUAA